AUGGAGAAGCCUAGAGGAAGGAAGAAAGCAGCUAUCACAGAUUCAGAAGAGAAACUAAGCAUAGAUGACCUGAAUAAACUGGGUCAAGAGCAGAAACUUAGAGGUAGUCAAAGAGGAAGGAAGAGACCUGCAGUUGUUUCAGAAUCUGAUGAAACACAAUGGCAAGAGGAAAAAAGGCUAAAAGAAGAUGUAAUAGAAAGUGAGGAUGAACAGAAUAGUCCACCAAAGAAAGGGAGAAGAGGACGGCCUCCCAAAGCAAAUAAUGGGGGAACACCAAAGGAAGAACCAGCAGCAAAGUCAUCAAAAAGGAGCAAGAAAAAACAACCGCCAGCAGCAGUAGCAGAAGAGGAGGAAGAAGAGGAAGAAAGGCAAACUGAAAACAUUGAACAAAGACCAAAAGGCAGGCAAAAUAGGACAGCGAAAAGAACACAGCAGAGAGCAGAACCAUCUGAAACUAGUACAGUUGAAUCAGCACAGUCUACGCCACAGAAAGGACGAGGAAGGCCAUCAAAAACACCACCAUCACAGCAAAAAAAAGUCCGUGCGGGACGUUCAAAACAAGCAGCAAGUAAAGAGAAUGAAUCUAGUGAAGAGAUGGAUGUAUUUCAGAGUAGUUCACCUGUCAGUGAUGACAUUCCCCAGGAGGAAGUAAUGGAAGAAGAGGAAGUUUCCACAAUCAAUGUCCGUCGCAGAACUUCGAAAAGGGAAAGGCGAUGAAUGAGCAUGUAGUUAACAGCCUUCCAGGUGAAAGCUUUGAAGAAUGCUUUUAAUAUAAAGCUUGAGACUGAAUGAAGCUGCUAGUGCACAAAUGGGGUUGCUGAAAAAAAGACGAAACCUGUUUUACUUUUACUGCCCCUGCAUUUGCAGUCCCCAGGUCACAAGCUUUAGCCACACACAUGUUGAUAUCAUUAACUGUGGAUUUUUGUGAAGUGUAAUGUGCGCUGGCUUUGUAGACAUAUGAACUAAAGAAGAAAACUGUAAAUAGUUCUUUUUUUUAAUGUUUCUGACUUCUAAAGUGCUUGUAUAGCUUUUAUCCGCGGCUUUAAACUGACAGUACCCUACUGUUUAUUGGAUCUUUUCAUUUAAAAAAAGAACAGAGUUUGUUGAAAAUUGAUCUCAAGCAAUAUCUGUCAGUGUUUGUAUUUGUACUCUUCUUGACAUUUAACUGUGAAAAAAAAAAUCAGUUGAACAAAUAGUGCCACUUUCUUUUGCCACUAUUUGUUGAGAAGAAGAAGAAAAGGAGGUCUUGGUUUCCUUCAUGAAUCUAACCUAGUGUUUACCUUUAGGCACCUACCUAUCAUCAGAGGUGCUAAAUUACUUUCUUUUACAGUUGAACAAUGUUGGAUAGAAUAAUACAAGAGAUGCAAAUUGUGAAAGAAGUUGUUUGACUUGUUUUACACCUCAGUAUUGAUGCCAGACUUUUCUGGAUGUCUAGUGGCAUUGAAAAUUCAAAAAAGAUUUAAAAUAUUUUAAUUUUAAAAGUGUGUUAUUAAAUAAUGUACUGAAUACCCUACCCAUUUUAUCUUCCCUAUCAGUUUUUAUUAAUCUACUGUAUCAAUAAAAUUCUGUAAC